CCGCCUCAACACCACACACGUCCGCCACCUCCCCCGCCCUCCACCACCAAUGCGCCGCGUAGUAGUAACGGGACUCGGAGCGGUAACCCCUUUGGCAGUGGGCGUCCGCCACACGUGGAAGCGCCUGCUUGACUCUCAAUGCGGCGUCGUCUCGCUCCGCGGCCGCGACAAGGCCUUCGAAGACCUCCCCAGCCAGGUUGCGGCGCUCGUUCCCGCCGGCUCAAAGGCUGAUGGUGGCUGGAACCCGAAGGAGUGGUUGGCGCCAGGCGACGAACGCCGCAUGGCCCUCUUCUCGCAAUACGCCAUCGCCGCCGCCGAAGAAGCCCUAACCGACGCCGGCUGGACCCCCAGCAGCGAGCAUGAGCGGGAGCGCACAGGCGUGUGCAUCGGCUCGGGCAUCGGUAGUCUCCAAGACGCCUACGACACGUCGCUCGCCUUCUCCACGGGCGGCUACAAAAAGCUGUCCGCACUAUUCGUCCCACGCCUGUUAAUCAACCUCGCAGCAGGGCACAUAACGCUCAAGCACGGUUUCCGCGGUCCCAAUCACGCCGUAUCAACCGCGUGCACGACAGGCGCACACAGCAUCGGCGACGCCUCCCGGUUCAUCCAAUUCGGGGACGCGGACGUGAUGGUAGCAGGCGGGGCGGAGGCGUGCGUGCACCCAUUGGCCAUCGCCGGGUUCGCGCGCGCCAAGUCGCUCGCCACCGCAUGGAACGCCGAUCCUGCGGCGUCAAGCCGCCCGUUCGACCGCGACCGCGCGGGAUUCGUCAUCGGCGAGGGCGCCGGCGUCAUGGUGCUCGAGGAGCUGGAGCACGCGAGGCGCCGCGGCGCAAGGAUCUAUGCCGAGGUCAGGGGCUAUGGGCUCAGUGCCGAUGCUCACCAUAUCACCGCGCCGCCAAAGGAUGGCGGCGGCGCGCUGCUGAGUAUGCGGCGCGCACUGGUGCAUGCAGGGAUCGCGCCGGAGAAGGUCGACUAUGUUAAUGCUCAUGCGACUAGCACGAUGCUGGGCGAUGCAGCGGAGAAUGCGGCGAUCAAGACGCUGUUUGCUGGCGCAAGGAGUGGCAAGCAGAUUACCGUUUCGAGCACGAAGGGCGCCGUCGGACAUCUGCUUGGUGCUGCGGGCGCGGUCGAGUCGCUGUUCACGGUGCUGGCUGUGAGCGAGAAUGUACUUCCGCCGACACUCAACCUGGAUAAUCCCGGUGAUCCAGCGGAGGACUUUGAUUGCAACUAUGUUCCUAAGACUGCGCAGGAUCACAAGGUGAACGUGGCUGUGUCCAAUAGCUUUGGGUUCGGCGGAACGAAUGCUAGUCUGUGCUUUGCGAAGAUGUAGUAGAGUGGCUGGGUAGAGACAACGAGUUUUGUAUAUUAUGGAUCUGUUUUGCCAUACCAUAACUCAAAUCAGGUAGAUACCUAGAAGAAGGGUGUCAUGUGUGAGUCACACAAUUCUACACUAUAUGUACAAAA